AUGCUUAUUUCUUUUAGAAAAAGAUGGUAUGAAAAUACACAAGAUAAGAUUUGUAAUUCUUCUCUUGAUCUUUUCAAAUCUACUCGACUUACUCUGAGAUAUGCUGAUUCUGAUGAUAUUGAAGAAUUAAUGACUGUAGCUACUAGAGGUGUUUUAACUGUAGCACAAGUGUAUGAUUUGGAAAUUCCAGAAGAAAAAAUUUUCAUUGGUGCAUUCAUCAAAAUUCUAAAUUUAUUACCAGAACUUAAAACAUUAAAAAUGCAUUCUUUGUCAUAUUAUGAGCCAAGAAUAUUAUAUUCUGAAGAACUUUUCAUUUCUUCUUCAACAGAAGAUACAAGAAGAGCAUCAAUGGCUUUAGCACGCAUUAUGAAAGAACUGAAAGAUAUAAAAGAAGAUACACCAGAGUAUGUUGAUGCAAGACCAUAUUAUCCUGACGAUAUGUUUCAUUGGCAAGCUACAAUAUCGGGUCCUCCUGAUACUCCUUAUCAAGGAGGCGUUUUCAUUCUCGAUAUAAACUUUCCAGCGGACUAUCCAAUUAAAUGCCCAAAUAUUAAAUUUACCACGAAAAUAUUUCAUCCAAAUGUGUUUCCAAAUGGUAAUAUAUGCAUGGAAAUCCAUGGGAAUCAAUGCACUCUCACCAUCUCAAAGUUAUUAUUAUCAAUUUGUUCGCUGUUCGACGAUCCGAAUACCGAUGAUCCGGCUGAUCUUGAAGCUGCACGUCUUUAUCGAUUCGAUCGUGAUAAAUAUAAUAAAAUUGCACGUCAAUGGACACGGAAGUAUGCCAAUUGA